AUGAUCCAGUCUGCUCCUGAAGACAACUCGGCGUUUCAAGAGCGCAUGUUUGCACACUGUCUGAAUUCGGCUAUCAACGCUCUCGCCGCCGAGCUCGAAGGCGUCAGAGAUUUUCUCUGGCAGACGAAGACCAAUGAGGUCGUUCUCCUCAAUCAAGUAGGCAGCACAGAGAGUCGGGGAAAGAAAGCUCACAACGUCGCUCAAACGCCGAUUUACAUUGCUGUCGACGAAUGCGUCUCCCUACUCCAGGGCAGAUUCGCACAUUGGAGAGAGACGAAAGCUCAAGAUCAGCUCAGUGGCCUACGCCGUACUUGGAACUACAUAGAGCAGAAAGGAGGCAAUCCCAUCUUCUACCUAUUGCUCAUCGAUACCAGCAGCGCGGCGACAGAACUGUUUAAACCUCAGCGGUCGUGGUCGGGCAAUUGGGCUAGUCUUUUGUUCGCCGGAGAUCCAAACUCGGUCUUCUCUGGCCUGACCCACGACGUCAAUUAUCAAGUGGCGCCCCCAGUGUUCUCAGCAGAACAGGCCUUCACGCUGGAACACGUGAAGACGUACGGACGUCCUCUUUGGAAGGCGAUCAGCAGCGGUGCGUUUUGGAAGACAAUGGCAGCCAAGAUCCUUAGCUGCAACGGGUCGUACGAUGAGGCAACAUCCGUCUUCAACAACCUUGACACAUCGUCGGCGCUCCACUACAACAUUGUUGCUCCUCGACUCGCACUGCAAUUUGUAACGACCGAAGGACGAGAUUAUCGUGGUCAAGAUGAUCUGGCCAAAGCUUCGGUCCAUCGGCACAUGCGCAUGUUGCAAGGAGUCCGGGAGGGAUAUCGACUGGACAUUGGCUCGCCAUCGGAGCCGCCGCUGGCCAUCGGUGCUGCCCUCAUAAUGUUGGACCGGGAGCGCCAUCCGGAUCGCAGAUUGCAUCAGGAACGCGCGAGGAGACGAUACUCCGACGUGCUUGGCAAGUUCAGAACAUUCUGUCACCAGCUAUUGAAGACAGCUGUGCUUCGGGGUAGUUUUGGGGAGCUGACUGCUCGUAUCAUCUCGAUUGCGGCCUGGGACGCAGCACAUAUCGAGGCCGAUACUAGGACCGACCAAGAUGUGGAUCUCACACCCACUGCGUGCGAUGAACAGGCAGCGUCGUCCCCUGCAACGCACUUGCUCCCCAGCAUCGCUCGCCCCAUCCCACUCCUCGAUCUCAUCCGACAAAUUGUCUCGCUUGACCAACCGUCCUUCGAGCGGGUCGAAGCACGGGUGGCAUGGGUGCGCAACGAGGCAGCAAAGGUGCUCGACGCUAACGAUGAAGCCCCCAACGUCGAAGCGUGGGUCAGCUUCACGCACUUCGACACGCUGCCUCAAAAAGUGGACGAGAUCUCGGGCGACUUUCUGUGGUAUUGCUGGAAGCGAGGUCUCGCUAUCCAAACGGAGCCCUCACAGGAUGGGAUUGAUGGAAUCAUCCCUGUCUUUCUCGGCGACCUCAAGCGGCCGUUUGACACACUGCCUGCACGCAGCGGAUCCGUCGAAGGUCGCGCUGCGCGCUUCAUGACGUACAUCGCGUUCGAGGCAAAGAACCAAGAGGAGUCGACAUGGGGGCGCGAGGCUGCAGAGGCACUGCGUGGGCCAAACAUCUGCGGAGUCUCGCUUACCAGCUCAAGCCUGCUUUCAUUCUACAUGGACCUGGGUGCCACAGGCAAGAAGGACGACUCGGGCGCAGAUGAACGCUCCGCAGACCUCUGUCCACCUUUGCCCGUUGACGGACCCAAGAGGCCGAUGGACGAGGCUACGACCGAGCAGAGAAAGAGACAGAAGACGAGCGAGAGCAGUGCAGGAAUCACACAUAGCAACGAUUCCGCUGCUCCGCCUGGCGUGGACCCCGAUUUCCUCUCCAUCGUGCUUCGCGGCAUCGCGUCGCAACACGUCUAUCCGUGCCUGGACACGCUGGGCAUUCGCAGCAGGAUUCGGGAGCUGCUUCCCACCCCUGGUGCCGACAACCAGCCCACAGAGCCCGACACCCCUGAAGGAGACGACGAUGUGGACAAUGAUGCGGACAAUCGCGUCCUAGGUCCUCUCGACGUGCACGCGCCCAACGCAACGUUCCUGUAG